CGUCACCGAACGAACGAGCGUCGCCGAGCGCGCCCGAACGCCCCGAACCUCGCCCGCCUCGCCAGUCGCACCGAGCCGGCCCGCAGCGAACACGAACGUUCGCGCGUUCAAAUUUAGAAUUCCGACCUUGAAAUAACGCUUUUAAUUCGUGUGAAAGUAAUCGCGGGCGCCAUACUUGUUCGCUGUCAACUAUGACAGAAAUGGAGUGGACAAAUCGUCUAGUAAUACGACUAAUGCAAGAAUACGCCAAAAGACCUGAACUCUGGGACACGACCAACGAAUUGUACAGAGUACAAACAGCCAGAUACGAAGCGUGGUCGGACUUGGCGGGGCUAUUCGAAUGCGACAUAGCCGAGUUGCGAAAGAAAUUGAAUUCGAUUUUCGCGUCGCAUCGGAGGGAGAAGGCGAAAGUUCGACUCGGGGGCAAGUCGUCGUGGUUUCUGUAUCCGUAUAUGAACUUUUUGCCGACGCAUCUGCAGAAUAGUACUAAUGAUAGUGUUGUUGAGACCUCAACCCACCAAGAGAUCGAAGAGCUUGAACAACAAUCUUCAGACGAAGACAACAACGCCAACGAAGAACAAGAUGAAAUAGUUCACGAAGAAAUCAUCAUCAAGACAGAACCACAAACUGUAGAGUACGUCAGACCAAGAAAACGGCUCAGAUACGCCCAGGCCACUCAUAAACCUAGACUGACUAAGUUUGCCAGAAAAGCUGUCAAAGAUAAUACUAACAAUAAUUCUAAUCUUGACAGUAAGGUAUUAGAAACACUAAGUUUGCUUAGGAGAUCAGAUUUGACAAGGAAGAAAGAUGAAUGUGACAGUUUUGGUGAAUAUAUAGCUAUAUCUUUAAGGAAACAUGAUGAAAGGACGCAAUCGAUGAUAAAACAAGCAAUAAAUAACAUAUUGUUUGAGCAAGAGAUGAAGAAAUAUAGCGUGGGGCAAUAUGCUGUAGUAAUUUCAGGGGUUGAUGAGAAUCCUCUUAUUUUGAGUGAUGAUAAGUAAAUCUUCAGAUUUAGAUAAUUUUUAAGUAA